AUGCCUCCAAAAUUCGAUCCAAAUGAGGUUAAGUUCAUCUACUUGAGAGCUGUCGGUGGUGAAGUCGGUGCUUCCGCUGCCCUUGCUCCAAAGAUUGGUCCAUUGGGUCUUUCUCCAAAGAAGGUUGGUGAAGAUAUUGCUAAGGCUACCACCAAGUUCAAAGGUAUCAAGGUUACCGUUCAACUUAGAAUCCAAAACAGACAAGCUGUUGCUUCUGUUGUCCCAUCUGCUUCCUCUUUGGUUAUCACUGCUUUGAAGGAGGCUCCAAGAGACAGAAAGAAAGAGAAGAACGUUAAGCACAACGGUAACUUGCAACUCGAGGAGAUCAUUGAGAUUGCCAGACAAAUGAGAGAGAAGUCCUUCGGUAAGAACUUGGCUUCUGUCACCAAGGAGAUCUUGGGUACUGCUCAAUCCGUUGGUUGUAGAGUCAACUUCAAGAACCCACACGACAUCAUCGAGGCCAUUAACGCUGGUGAGAUCGAUAUCCCAGAGAACUAA